UGUAAACCCUCUUCUUGGCUGAGGAGGUUGAUAUACGGGGUGGAGCCGGCCGUGAGGGAGCAUCAUAAGCCCACGCACGCCAUGUCCACCUCCGCCGUGUCCUCGGUCGAGACCCUGAGCUUCUACUGCCACACCUGCAGCGCGAGGUUCUCGCUCCAUGCCCCGUCCUCCCCGUUCUACCUACCGCUCUGCCCCUCUUGCCGCGGGGACUACCUCGACGACUCCCCCACGCCGCCCCAGCCGGUCUUGCCGCCUCCACCGCAUCCACGCGCAGUAACCUGGCCGUCGGCUACCUCUUCCACGCCGUCGCUGCCUCCGCCGAUCGCUUCUUCGUCGUCGUCGCCUUCUUCCACGGCGUUGACCUCGCGUUCGUCGCUCGUCCACAACCGCGGAGACCAUGAUCUGCUUCCUCCUCCGCUUCCACCUUGGCUGCUGCAGCCGUCCGCGUCUCACGAUACAUGGAGUCACAGCUUGAGUCCCUCUGACUGCCAACCAAGGUCGCCGCCGCCGGCCGCUCCGCGAGUCACCUUGUCGCCGUCUUCUUCUUCCACGUCCACACAGCCGCUGACUCUGGGGUCCUCCACAAGGCCACCACCGCCGUGGAGCAACGACGCAUGGGAGUACUUCUUCGCUGCCUCUGACCUAGUCGUUGCCACGGGCAAGGAGGGGCCGCCGUUGAACAUGUCCCUUCGCCAGGCAUGUCGCCAAUUCCGAGUUCUCUGCCCCCAAGAAGAGCAACGCCGCCGGUCUUCCCCUGCCCUCUCUCCCAUAUUGUCAGCAUGCUCCUCCGCCUCCUCCUCCGCCUUCUCCUCCGCCUGCGCAUCCCCUCUUUUGGCGUCACCGCCGCUCUACCGGCAGCACCAAGGGGAACUGCAACUUGAGCCGUUUCCUCCGGCCUUGUCCCCGUCCACAACCGUGGAGACCAUGCCGACCUCUCCUCCGCCUCCGCCUUGGGAUUCCCCGCUCCACGGUGCAUGGGACGAUGACUACAACUUCAGUCUGUCGGGCUCCGAUUACGAGAGCCCGCCCCGACCGCCGCCGCUGCCCCCGUGGCCGCCUAUUUCCGCCUACGAAGCCACGUUCGAGUCGUCGCUCCAACGUCAGGGGUUGCCGCCUAUUUCCGCCAAUGAAGACACGUUCGAGACGUCGCUCCAAAGCCACGGGUGGCCAGCGGCACCGUCUUCUGUUUCUGCCUACGAUGCGACGUUCCACACGCCGCUCCAACGGGGCGGGUCACAACCGGCGCCGGCGGAGUCCAUCGCCGCCCUGCCCACCGUCAUCGUCAACGACACCGAGCUGGUCUGCCCCAUCUGCACCGACCCCCUCCUGGCCUCGGCGCCGGCACGCCGGCUCCCCUGCGGCCACCUGUACCACUCCGACUGCAUCGUCACGUGGCUGUCGCUGCGAAACUCAUGCCCAGUGUGCCGCGGCAGCAUCCCGUUGUUCGACUUCACCGACGCAGAUAUUGUGUCGUCGUCGUCGCCUUCCUUCCACCCGACGUCGUCCAGUAGGAGACGAUCUCUACAAGGGACGAGCCGGAUAAGAAGGAUCUGCAGCAGGUUGCUCAGACGCAUGGAAAUUAGCCGUGGUCGCCGCACAGAUAGCAUCGGCAAUGUGCAUGUCUGAUGGAUGGCAUUGUUCUGCAAUCAUACCAUCGUCUGUGUCUCGUCACAUUGCACAAUAUCAGUCUUCUCAAGUUCUCAUGUGUAUUCGAGAACAUGAUUAUUGAGUGUGUCCAUUGAUACCUGAAUAUGGUAACUGUAAUUACAAUGAAAGUAUGUCACGUAGUGUGUUUAUAAA